CCCCAAUCUAACUGGUCAAUUAAUCGAUCCUCUUAAACCCUAGUUUUGACCACGCCAUAGUUGCAGGGUUUAAGCUCGUUCGUACCAGACAUUGAAGAACUCUGUUUUGCUUCACAUCAAUGUUGUAUUCAAUCUUCUGUUGAUUCGAGCAAGAAAUUGCUUUGUUAAUAAUGGCAGCUUCGAAGUUGUCUUCAAUGGCAGCAAUGGCAGCUGCAGCUGCCAUUGCUGCUACAUCUUCCACUAUCCCUAACCGUGCGCACGCUGAUUCUCCAUUUCGCUUCAACCCUUUUUCAUCUUCAUCUCCUUCUGUGCCCUCAUCUUCUUCAGAGACUCCUCAGACGGACUCUGCCGAGUCAGAUGCAAAGGAUUCUUCUGAAGAUUCAAGAGGUGGGUUCAACCCGGAAUCGUUAGAAAGGGGUGCAAAAGCUCUUAGGGAAAUCAAUAGUUCUCCCUAUCAUAAACAGGUGUUUGAUGUGAUGAGAAAGCAGGAAAAAACCCGGCUUGCAGAUAUUGCUGCGGAGAAAGUUCAUUUUGAGGCAAUCCAGGCUCAAGCAGAUAUUGAUAAACAGCGACAAUGGGGAGAAGACCAGCGGAAUCUUUACCAACAACAAUCACAAGCCAAGGCACAAAUGCUAAGAUACGAAGAUGAAUUGGCUAGGAAAAGAAUGCAGACGGAUCACGAAGCUCAAAGGAGACACAAUGCUGAACUGGUUAAAAUGCAAGAGGAGUCAUCACUGCGAAAAGAACAAGCUAGACGAGCAACAGAAGAUCAAAUUCAAGCACAACAAAGACAAACUGAAAAGGAGAGAGCUGAAAUAGAAAGAGAAACAAUAAGAGUGAAGGCCAUGGCUGAGGCAGAAGGUAGGGCACAUGAAGCUAAACUGACUGAAGAUCAUAAAAGGAGGAUGCUGAUGGAAAGAAUAAAUGGUGAAAGAGAGAAGUGGCUUGCAGCCAUUAAUACAACUUUCAGUCAUGUUGAAGAGGGCUUCCGGAUUCUAUUGACUGAUAGGAGUAAAUUGGUAAUGACUGUUGGCGGAGUCACUGCAUUGGCUGCUGGAGUUUAUACCACCAGGGAAGGUGCAAGAGUUACCUGGGGAUAUAUUAACAGAAUUCUUGGUCAACCAUCAUUAAUUCGUGAAUCAUCCAUGUCAAGAUUUCCUUGGUCAGGGAUGAUUUCUCAAGUAGCAAACAAAGGACUCAAAUUUGGUACAGCAGCUGGUUCGUCAGCAACGGGACAAAGUAAAUCUGCUUUUGGGAACAUUAUUCUUCAUCCUUCUCUUCAGAGGAGAAUAGAACACCUUGCUAGGGCCACAGCAAACACCAAGUCUCACCAGGCACCAUUUCGCAAUAUGCUCUUUUAUGGUCCUCCUGGCACUGGGAAAACAAUGGUUGCAAGGGAAAUAGCAAGAAAAUCGGGUUUGGACUAUGCCAUGAUGACUGGAGGAGAUGUUGCACCCCUGGGUGCACAGGCUGUCACCAAAAUUCAUGAGAUAUUUGAUUGGGCCAAAAAAUCAAAGAAAGGCUUACUACUUUUCAUUGAUGAGGCUGAUGCAUUUUUGUGCGAGCGGAAUAGUACAUACAUGAGUGAAGCUCAGCGAAGCGCUUUGAAUGCUUUACUCUUUCGAACAGGGGACCAGUCACGAGACGUAGUUCUUGUCCUUGCUACCAAUAGGCCAGGAGAUCUUGACAGUGCUGUCACUGACCGUUUAGAUGAAGUUAUUGAAUUCCCUCUCCCUCAAGAGGAUGAACGUUUCCAAUUGCUGAAGCUCUAUUUGAACAAGUACCUUGCCGGUGAAGGUGACAGUGACAGCAAUUCUAAGUGGGGACACCUCUUCAAGAAGAGCCCGCAAAGGAUAACUAUAAAAGAUUUGUCUGAUGAUGUGAUUAGAGAGGCUGCUAAGAAGACGGAAGGAUUCUCUGGGCGUGAGAUUGCAAAACUUGUGGCAAGUGUUCAAGCAACUGUAUAUGGGAGCCCAGACUGCGUUCUUGAUUCUCAACUGUUCAAGGAAAUUGUAGAUUACAAGGUUGCGGAGCAUCACCAACGAAUAAAACUAGCUGCUGAAGGGGUUGAGCCAACCUACCAGGGGAAUUAACUAGCACCACAAAGAUAGCAAGUAAUUUUCAUUGACGUGAACUGUUGAAAUUUUGUUUAUCUCAUCUC